CCGCGCGCGUUUCCCAAAUGGGAUCGCCGGAGAGGAUUCUUUUUUUGGAACUGCUCCGAGUGGGCCGCCGCCGCUGCUGCUGCUCUCAUCGCGGCGUCUAAACCCCGCAUGAAGCGCAGCCGCUGCUAACGCCGCACGCAACAGCGGGCCUCGGAGCGGCGGCGCGGUCGUCGGCGGGGGCAUGCUGUCACUUCCCGGAGUGCGCCGCCUCCGUGCGCGCCAGGCCGCCUGUCGACCAGCGACUCUUGGCUGACCUUCGAUUGCAGAGGACACUACAGCUGUCGUACAGCAGCGUACCCACAUGGCUAUCCGACGCAAGAAACCGGGCCAGCCGGCUCGUCUGUCCGACCAGCCCGUCCACCAGUACUCCAAGGCACAUCGUGUCUGCAAAGUCAACAGCAGCAACCCAGCCGUCCGCAACCUGAUCUCCACGACGACGAUGACGACUGCGACAAGGCUUCCGCGGCAGCAUCAAGACCGGAGAAGCGAUGGCACCGAGGCGACCAGCAGCAAAUGUUUUGCCGGCCCGACUGGUCCGACGACCAGCAGCUGUUCGGAACUGCCGAGCGCAGCGACGCACGGCGGCGGCGACGAGAAUCGCUCAGACAAUGCGGCGCUGCCGCAGUGCAAAGACGGGAACAGCAGGACUGGCGAGGGCACCUGCGCAGAGGGCGAUGGCAGUGCGCAGGAGGACGGUGUGCGCAGGUUGCAGAACCGGUUGCGUGACAACUGGUCCAAGCUGGUCACGGACAGAAUUACCAUGAUGGCGUUCGCGCGCUCCCUCAAGGGCCACAAGUGUCCUACGGUUCUCUACUGUCAAAGUUAACUCCGCCUAACAGUAUGCUCUCUUUCCUCGUGUGCAUAUAUCGCAUUGUACACCGACCUUAGGGAUAUGUAUUAGAAAGCCAAAGCGAGCAUACAAUGGGUGUACUUUCGAUGAGGUUCCUGCAAUCGCAGACUGUUUUAGCUUUGAUGCGUUGUCAUCGCAUUGAAAACGUUGGCCUCUGGCGGGAAGCGUAAGCUCAGAGAGAGAGAACAAAAUUUAACAACGCACUCCCAAAACAAUAAAAAAAAAGGGUAUAUACAUUUACGACCCAGGCACAGGCAUAAGAUUGAUAAAUAGAAGCUGUACUAGCAGUGUACUAACCCUGUGAAAUUUAAGCUACGAGUCCAGGGAGCCAGCCACUUAGGUGUUCUUUUUUUUUGUGAAACCCGUCAUCCGUACACUAGAAUUUGCUUAUGGCUACGCAAGAGUUACACAAGCAACAGCCACAUUCUAAAGAAAGCACUUGCCUGCAGCAUAAACAUUCUUUCUCUAGCUGGUCAGUGCCACUAAAAGUGUUCAAAAGUCAAAAAGAAUACUAAAGAGAAGUAUACUGAACGUAAAUUACACACCAGCGCCCCACGGCGUCACAAUCGUGGCAACAUGCUAUUGAUGCAUGUUGAUUGUUUGAUAAGAAAUGAUGGUAGCGCAGAAACGAACUGAGAUUUAACUUGGCAGAGUUUGUGUUUUCCAUGCGAAAAGAAGCAAAAGCAGAAAUAUAUUGCAUGCUGAUGUUGUUAGCACUGGAGAUGGCGUGCACAAUUCAAGAAGGAAAGCUUUACCCUUCAUAUUUUGCAUUAGUAAGUCAUAUUUCCGCCAGAGAGACACAGAAGAAUCUUUGAAAUAUUAAUCAGCCAGUCCCACUGGCUUAACAACUUUCUUCAGUGCCCUUGUAAUAUAAUUCAUACACGGUGGUACACUAUGACACUCGGUUACUUCUCUUGUACAAUGGUCAAAGCAUCCACACAGCUUCCAUACUGUCAUUGGCGCUAGCUGUUGUGGAGUAAAUUGCUAACAAGAGCUCUACUCCCAUCAAGGCAUAGCUCAGAAAGCUGUGUGCAGGUGAAAACAAACAGCAGUAAAAAGCUUACAGACACGGUGCAGUAGAUGAGCUGUUCUUCACGACUGCACAUUUAUGGCACUUUGCUUUUGUUUUCAUGGUACAUACAAGCUUCUUGACCAGUAAACUAACAAAGCUUGAAGCCACGGUUCUAUACAGCAUCGCCUUUGUAACAAUGCGGCUUUCCUCAGGUUCUGUGCGAAGGCCCUGUGCGAUAGUAGCAUUUUUACCCAAUUGAAGUAUGCUCCAUCCGACCUAAGUUAAAUGCAUUAACGUUGCUUAUUUAAGGUAUUAAGAAACAGCAUAUACUAAAGUCAAAAACAGCUUGUGUAGUUGCGUGGACCUUGUGUAACACCAGUGUUUUAAACUGAAAAGAUUAAACUAUAUAUGGGUCUGCAGUGCUUUAAGAUUUACCACGAACUGAGUAGAAGUUCUGAACGGUUUUGAAAUCAUAAUGGUAUGAAAUCACUUUACAAAUGUGCCGUGUUCUGCUGCCCCAAAUGUCCAAGUCUGGCUGAUCAAGACGAUGAAAAUGUAACUAUGGUAGUAUAGAAAAAAGCUAUUAAUGCGUUACUUUAUGUCCACUGCAAAGUGUGCUCCAGAGCACCACUGCCAGAUUUGUGCGACAUUGCUUCAUUGCUUUUGUUGUGACCGGUGUUGAUUGUUGUUGGCAGUGAACACUGCCAUCUGAGGAAUGCUAGUCAAUGAAAAGUCUAUCUGCUCUACAGCUGUCGUAUAGUCUCUUUGUUCUUUUGUGUUGACCAUUUGAUGAAAGAGCAAACAGUAAAAGGCAAAGUAUUUUUAUUACAAUGAAA